CCAAAAACAAGGUUAAUUUUCAACUGAUUUAUGUUGGAAACCCACACGGCCCUCGGCGGCGGCGCCUCCUCCGUACACGGGUGCUCCUCUCCUGCAACAUCUUCUCUCUUGGAGUUUCUCUGUGUUUGUGUGUGUUUGGAGUUCCUCCUCUAUCUUCACGUCUUUCUCUUUCUGUAUAAGUACUGUAUCUGAUCUGGAGAAGUGAGUCAGUAGAACAUACAGCUGAACUGAUCGAUCAAGGGCCAAAACUUUGCCUUUUGAUCGAAUAAUUUCUGGGCAAACAAAUACUAUGGCUUGCAUUUCGUAUAACGUUGGGACUUCAGUGAAAUUUUUUGGCAGUCAUCACCACUGUUCAUCGAGGCCAUUCUGGGGCAUUCACCGGUGCUGCGACUUCAGAAAUUCAUCAUCACUUUUCUAUGUGAAGCCACUUAAUUCGAGCUCUGUGAAUCUUCAUGGUCCUAGGGAUUCUCAACUCUUCAACAGCUCGCGAUGCUUCUCUACUGUCUUCAGCAGCAUUUCUUCAGAUAACGGCAUGCCUGAAGAAAGGAUGGUUGUGUUGGUCAUUGGUGGAGGGGGAAGGGAACAUGCACUUUGUUAUGCCUUGAAGAGGUCUCCCUCUUGCGAUGGCGUCUUUUGUGCACCAGGAAAUGCUGGGAUUUCCAGCUCAGGGGAUGCCACUUGUAUUUCCGACCUUGACACCUCUGAUAGCUUGGCUGUGAUUUCCUUUUGUCAAAAAUGGGGUGUAGGAUUGGUUGUGAUUGGACCAGAAGCUCCUCUUGUUGCAGGUCUUGCAAAUGACCUAGGGAAGGCUGGAAUUCCUACUUUUGGCCCUUCAGCAGAGGCUGCUGCUUUGGAAGGUUCCAAGAAUUUCAUGAAGAAUUUGUGUGACAAAUAUGGAAUUCCCACUGCUAAGUAUCAAACUUUUACGGAUCCAUUUGCUGCAAAGAAGUACAUAAAAGAGCAAGGUGCACCUAUAGUCGUCAAGGCAGAUGGAUUGGCUGCUGGAAAAGGAGUUAUUGUUGCUAUGACGUUAGAGGAGGCUUUUGAAGCUGUCGACUCAAUGCUUGUAAAGGGUGUUUUUGGAUCUGCUGGUUGUCGUGUCAUUGUUGAGGAGUUUUUGGAAGGUGAGGAGGCAUCGUUCUUUGCUCUGGUUGACGGAGAGAAUGCCAUUCCUUUAGAAUCUGCUCAGGACCAUAAACGAGUGGGAGAUGGUGACACGGGGCCUAAUACUGGUGGAAUGGGAGCAUACUCUCCAGCGCCUAUCUUAACAAAAGAACUCAAGUCUUUGGUCAUGGAAUCUAUAAUUCUUCCUACAGUAAAAGGAAUGUCUGAAGAGGGGUGCAAAUUUGUUGGGGUUCUCUAUGCUGGACUCAUGAUUGAAAAGAAGUCCGGAUUGCCUACUCUAAUAGAGUACAAUGUUCGCUUCGGAGAUCCAGAGUGCCAAGAUGAUUAUGCAGCAGAUGAUGAAGAAUACGAUGAGAAGUUGAAGAAAGAGAGUUUGGCAUUUUUCUUUUUAGCUACAUAUGGAGACAGUGAGCCAACAGACAAUGCUGCAAGGUUCUAUAAAUGGUUUACAGAGAUAGCAAAGGAGGUGGAUGAGCACCUUGCUGAGCAGGGUAGGUUGGUCCGAUGGCAAUGGAGCCCGAAUUUGGAAUUUCUACUCCGCGAAACCCUUCUCAGGGGUGGUGGUGGUGACUUGUGCACUCAUUGUUUUAGUGCCUGGGAAAAAAAGAACUAAAAGUCAGAUCUGCGAUCACUUACUUGUCAUUCUGGCUUCAACUGCUGCUGCUGUGAUGAAUGAGUUGCCAUCACUUCCUAAUGUUGCUGAUUGCCCAUCUGAAUAUCACGUAUGAACUGCUUCCUUACAGCUAAUUAAUACUUUGUUGGAACAAUGAGGAGUGUGAGAAAAUUUCUUCUUUUUUCCCCGUCUAUUCAAUUUUAUUAAAUUGUUCAUGUAGUUAACAAGGUGAGAUUAUUGCUGGAAUUUUUUAUUUAGGAAGGUAGAAAGACAAAACUAGAAACGAAAGGAGUUCAGCAAAAAGGAAGUCUUGUUCGAUAUGAAUUUUUGACAUCAGCUAGUUCAGAGAGAGGGUGGUGGCCACCUUCUUUGGUUUGAAGCUUUCCAUUGUUUUUGUCAAAUAUUAUCAUUGUAUGUGGUUAGUAGUUUUUUUUGGGUGAAUAUGUGGUUAGUAGUUGCUGAUUGAAUAGAACUGAAAGUGCAGGACAUAUGCAGAAAUGAUGUACCUCUGAGCAAUUACAAUGGGAGGUUGUUCUGAUUGUGAAUGUUGCUUCAAAAUGGCAAGUGACUUUGUAUAUCCUCGUUAGUCAAAUCUAUUAUAUUUACAUGGUUAAUUUGCCUCCUCUUCUUCUUCUUCUUCAUUCAUACUUAAAAAAUUGUUUUUUUUUUUUUUUUUUUGUGUCCUUGCUGUUAAUUACUUUGUCUGCUUCCUGAGAGCUGAUGGUGCACAAUUGAUCUUUGGGCCAUAUUCUUCUUCUUUUAUUUCCCUAGGUAUAUUCAGAGCUCUUUGGAUUUAUUCAUAAUGCUACUUCUUUCUUGAAACCUACUUCGUUGCUUGGCAUAUGACUUCUUGUUUAUUGUUUGUUUGAGUUUACAAAGAUAAUAUAGACUACAAAGUUCUUUUAAUCAUAUUCAAGUUGUUCAAUUCAAACUAACAUAAACUUUUCUUCCCUUUUUUGGCUCCCUUUUGCAGUGGCUUAACACAAUCAAACUACAAAGAAUUGAACAUUUUAUAAGAAAAAUAUAAAGAUCAAGGUCUGUUAGUUAUUCAACUCCAGUUAUUUGCAUGUUUCCUUUCUAUAAUUUCAAAGAGUUAGGGGUCUUAAUCUUAGGAAUCAACUAAUGCAAUGGAAGAGGUCCGAGGUAUGCUUUUUAUGCUUCCAUGAAUGUCUCAUUUCAGCAUCAUUUGUUUCCUUAGCAUGGUUGUCAAUAUUACUAAGCUAUACUGAUGGUUCACUACUGAUGGAGAAUAAAAACGA